AUGCUAUUGACCGAGCCCGUCGUUACUUUUUUCACGCUCUGGGUGAGCUUUGCUUGGGGAAUCCUCUUUUCGUUCUUCUCCAGCGUGGGACAGACGUUUCGUCAUAAUUAUGGCUGGGGCACCUUCACCACUGGUCUUGUACAACUCGCGAUCUCCAAAGAGGCGGUCAUCUGCACCGCUGUCAACCCAAUUCAAGACCGGAUCUACCUACGCUCUGCCCGCAAAAAUCAAGAGAAUCCUGGUCUUCCGAUUCCGGAGGCUCGCCUGUAUACCUCUAUCCCAGGGAGUCUGCUCUUUGCUGGCGUGCCCACGCUGGGCGUAGCGUGUACGGGUGUGGGGAUUUAUUCCAUCUACAUGGCCGUGGUGAAUUAUUUGACGGAUGCCUACGAGAAAUACGCCGCAUCAGCCCUGUCAGCCGCUUCACUAGGCCGCAGUUCGUUCGGAGCAUUUCUCCCAUUGGCUUCCUUUGAACUGUUUGACACACUGGGAUAUGGAUGGGCUGGCUCAUUACUUGGUUUUGUGGGAGUCGCUCUCUCGGUCGUGCCUGUGGUACUAGUCCUCAAUGGACCGGACAUCCGGCGACGCAGUCCGUUCAUGCGCGAGUCCAGGUUCGAGGCGCAUGCGGAGCCGAUACAGGACCGUCCUUCAGCAAAUACGGGCGUGUGA